AUGGCUUCCGUGAAAGCUGAGACGGACACCAACACCGGCGACGGCGUCGACAUCGAGGCCGCGACACCCCUUUCUCCCUUCUUCCCCAGCCGCUUUUUUUUCGUCGACGCUUGGGACCUCAACAACGGCCUCCUCGCCCACACCGUCAACCUCUCCCACCAAUCCACCGUGAUCGUCGGCAAGAUCGACAACGAAAACUUCUUCGAACCCGCCUUCCAGAUCGGCUACGAAGACGGCCUGUACACAAACAUAACGCGGGACUGGGUGGCGGAGACAAAGAGAACCAUCCUCGCUGCCCUGGAGAAGGACAUCAACCUCGCGGAGGAAGGCUCGGCAAGGGCUUUCAGCAGAGGCCAGAAUUUUAUCGCUUGCGUUCGUCCCCAGUGGCUCAUCAACCCCGCUACUCUGAGCAAGUCAUUCACCCCGCAAGGCUAUCACGGGCCAGCCUGGCAGGCGGCUAUGGUAAAUACAGUCCCUGCGAUGUAUUCCUUUAGAGUCGACGGUAGCUUCGCGUUCGCCCCGCUCAACGAAAGCAUGCUCCCCGACGACUACCUCUGCACCUGGCGUAUGGUCUUCACUAUUCGACAUCCGAUCGCGCUCUUCGGCGCCAUAUACCGUGAGCUCACCAAAGGCAAGAGGCUGCCCGCUGAAGUGAUGAAACCCGUCUGUGAGCUGUUCAUGACCUUUCGCUGGGUGCGCUUGCUGUACGACUGGGCAGCGACCUAUAGCACAGCGCAGCCUCCGAUCAUCAUCCAGUGCGAAACCGUCACGAACAACCUCCGCCCUAUGGUUAGGAAGAUCUGUCUCGAGCUCGAGUUGGACGAGAGCGUUGUUCUAUUCGAGAAGCUGGAAGAGCAAAUAACGAUGCAGGGACCCGGACUGCAGCAGAGCCAGGCCGUCUUCAACAAUCUGACCGCACAGGGAGUAGAUGCUCUGCAAGCUAGGAUUGCUGUCGCCGUCUCGGGCUGGGAAGUCGAGUUUGGAAGGCCUGCUGCGUAUAUGCUUGCGGAUUUCGUUAGAGCGGCGAUUCCUGAUUGGGAAUAUCUGCGCGACAGGGCGAUGACUUUACGCUAG